AUGAGGAGUGGGGGUGAGGAGUGGGGUGAGGAAUGGGGUGAGGAGGGGGUGGGGGGGGGGGGGGGGGGGGGGGGGGGGGGGGGGGGGGGGGGGGGGGGGGGGGGGGGGGGGGGGGGGGGGGGGGGGGGGGGGGGGGGGGGGGGGGGGGGGGGGGGGGGGGGGGGGGGGGGGGGGGGGGGGGGGGGGGGGGGGGGGGGGGGGGGGGGGGGGGGGGGGGGGGGGGGGGGGGGGGGGGGGGGGGGGGGGGGGGGGGGGGGGGGGGGGGGGGGGGGGGGGGGGGGGGGGGGGGGGGGGGGGGGGGGGGGGGGGGGGGGGGGGGGGGGGGGGGGGGGGGGGGGGGGGGGGGGGGGGGGGGGGGGGGGGGGGGGGGGGGGGGGGGGGGGGGGGGGGGGGGGGGGGGGGGGGGGGGGGGGGGGGGGGGGGGGGGGGGGGGGGGGGGGGGGGGGGGGGGGGGGGGGGGGGGGGGGGGGGGGGGGGGGGGGGGGGGGGGGGGGGGGGGGGGGGGGGGGGGGGGGGGGGGGGGGGGGGGGGGGGGGGGGGGGGGGGGGGGGGGGGGGGGGGGGGGGGGGGGGGGGGGGGGGGGGGGGGGGGGGGGGGGGGGGGGGGGGGGGGGGGGGGGGGGGGGGGGGGGGGGGGGGGGGGGGGGGGGGGGGGGGGGGGGGGGGGGGGGGGGGGGGGGGGGGGGGGGGGGGGGGGGGGGGGGGGGGGGGGGGGGGGGGGGGGGGGGGGGGGGGGGGGGGGGGGGGGGGGGGGGGGGGGGGGGGGGGGGGGGGGGGGGGGGGGGGGGGGGGGGGGGGGGGGGGGGGGGGGGGGGGGGGGGGGGGGGGGGGGGGGGGGGGGGGGGGGGGGGGGGGGGGGGGGGGGGGGGGGGGGGGGGGGGGGGGGGGGGGGGGGGGGGGGGGGGGGGGGGGGGGGGGGGGGGGGGGGGGGGGGGGGGGGGGGGGGGGGGGGGGGGGGGGGGGGGGGGGGGGGGGGGGGGGGGGGGGGGGGGGGGGGGGGGGGGGGGGGGGGGGGGGGGGGGGGGGGGGGGGGGGGGGGGGGGGGGGGGGGGGGGGGGGGGGGGGGGGGGGGGGGGGGGGGGGGGGGGGGGGGGGGGGGGGGGGGGGGGGGGGGGGGGGGGGGGGGGGGGGGGGGGGGGGGGGGGGGGGGGGGGGGGGGGGGGGGGGGGGGGGGGGGGGGGGGGGGGGGGGGGGGGGGGGGGGGGGGGGGGGGGGGGGGGGGGGGGGGGGGGGGGGGGGGGGGGGGGGGGGGGGGGGGGGGGGGGGGGGGGGGGGGGGGGGGGGGGGGGGGGGGGGGGGGGGGGGGGGGGGGGGGGGGGGGGGGGGGGGGGGGGGGGGGGGGGGGGGGGGGGGGGGGGGGGGGGGGGGGGGGGGGGGGGGGGGGGGGGGGGGGGGGGGGGGGGGGGGGGGGGGGGGGGGGGGGGGGGGGGGGGGGGGGGGGGGGGGGGGGGGGGGGGGGGGGGGGGGGGGGGGGGGGGGGGGGGGGGGGGGGGGGGGGGGGGGGGGGGGGGGGGGGGGGGGGGGGGGGGGGGGGGGGGGGGGGGGGGGGGGGGGGGGGGGGGGGGGGGGGGGGGGGGGGGGGGGGGGGGGGGGGGGGGGGGGGGGGGGGGGGGGGGGGGGGGGGGGGGGGGGGGGGGGGGGGGGGGGGGGGGGGGGGGGGGGGGGGGGGGGGGGGGGGGGGGGGGGGGGGGGGGGGGGGGGGGGGGGGGGGGGGGGGGGGGGGGGGGGUGGGGGGGGGGGGGGGGGGGUGGGGGGGGGGGGGGGGGGGGGGGGGGGGGGGGGGGGGGGGGGGGGGGGGGGGGGGGGGGGGGGGGGGGGGGGGGGGGGGGGGGGGGGGGGGGGGGGGGGGGGGGGGGGGGGGGGGGGGGGGGGGGGGGGGGGGGGGGGGGGGGGGGGGGGGGGGUGA